AAAAGAAUUUGACUUCAGUCCAUCGAGAGCUGUCCAACCAGACGCUCCUAUAUCUUUUUCUCUGUGGUGUUUGAAUUUUUUGGCUGGCCCGUUUUCUCUUUUUUUGGUUGCCCAGUUGUGUGUGUGGGUUUUCUUAUAUUUGUUGAGUUUUGACAUCGCACCUUGCGCAAAAAAGACACUUUGGGUGUUCGCCCCCCUUCUCCCACCAGUGUUGAGUCAUCCAGCGGAUUUGCGUCCAUUUCGUUCCAGGUCGGACGAAUCGCAUUUGUAUUGAAGAGAAAAGAGAGGAUGCAGCAAUCGAUCGUUUUGCUGCUACUCGUCCUGGCCGGCUUGGCUUCGGCCAGCCUCAAUUCCACAUUCACAGCCGGGCUGAAAGGGACGGGCAGAUGUCCGAGUAAAAUCCGAGACCCUGACCGAUGCCCGCCUGACACGUCCGUCGAAGGUAAACGGACGGACGAGUGUUCCAGCGACGACGACUGCCACGGCCAAUCGAAAUGCUGCACCGACGGAUGCCGACGCCUUUGCGUCAUGCCGCUACUCACCUCUUGCGAGAGGCAGCGAGUGGAGACGGUGAAACGGGCCAGAGCCCUGCAGAUGACGGACAACGACAUCAGUUUGCCCAGCUGCGACCCCAUCGGCGACUACGAGCCGGUCCAGUGCGACCCGCUGACGGGCAACUGCUUCUGCGUCGACGAGUCCGGCUUCGAGCUGGCCGGCACCCGCGCCCGCUCACUCCAACUCGUCAACUGUACCAAUCCUAAACCUUGUGCUGGACUUUUAUGCCGGAUGCUGUGCCCGUACGAGUUCGAGCUGGACGUCGAGGGCUGCCCGUUGUGCCAGUGCCGCGACCCGUGCCGAGGCAUCAAGUGUCCAGGCUCUCAGACGUGCCAACUAGAGGAAAUGCCGUGCGCCAAGGAGCCGUGCCCGCCCGUGCCCACCUGUAAGCAAGCGAGAAGUGCCGAGGAUUUGUGCCCGGCCGGUGUGCCACUGACGAUGCCCAGCGGCGAUCGACCCUUCCUCUGCGGCUUGCAAGUCGGUCAGCCGCAGUGCCCGCAGCUCUUCGAUUGUAUCGUCCAGCCAGGUGCCGAUUACGGAGUUUGCUGUAUGGCCGCCGAUCGAAUCACCAAGCCGGGCAGCUGCCCAGCUUUGGACGGACAAGCCAACUCGACCGAUUGCGGAGUGCCUUGCUCCAACGACAUGGAAUGCCAAGGGGCGGACAAGUGUUGUCCCAGUCUCGGUGGCUGCCCGGCUGGUACUGGCCAGCACUGCGUCCCGCCCUUCAACUUCUCCCUGUGCCUCCAGCAGCAGCAGAUUGCCCAGCUGCUCAGUUUGACGGAGAGAGAAGGCAAAGGCUACGUGCCCCAGUGCGAUGAAGACGGCCAGAAAUUCGCCGCCCGUCAGUGCAGCCGCAACGGACUCGUCUGCUGGUGCGUCGAUCCCGAGCUGGGCACCAAAGUCAAAGGAUCAAUGGGAUCAGCCCAGGACGUCGUCUGCGACGGAGUCUCCAAUGCCAUGGCCCGGUCGUCCAGGUGCAGUUCGCCCGUCUGCGGCUCGACUUGCGACUACGGAUUCAAGUCAGACGGCCAAGGAUGCGCCACCUGUGAAUGUGACAACCCCUGCGAGCAGCUGGCCUGCCCGGCAGGUGAGCAAUGCCUCAUGAAACGCGAUCCGUCCUGCCCGGCUAGCGCUAAAAGGUGCCCGAUGAGCCCGCAGUGCCGGCCCACUUUCGUCCCACCCUGCGCCUUUGGCCGGCACCUGAGCAACGAGGCGACCGACGAGGCCGUCAGCUGUACCGUCGGCUCCAAAUUCACCUGCCCGUCCGGCUUCCACUGCACCUACAGCCUGCCCAACAACGCCUCAUUCUGCUGCCCGACAGCUCCGGCCGCUCCGCCCGGCUCUAUUAAACAAAUUCCGGCGGAAGAGGACGGCCGUCUCCCGUCCAUCUGCGAAAUGAUGAAGGAAAUUGCCGACGGGCGCAAACCGGCCGAGCCCGGCUACAAUUUGAUUUUGAAAAACCCGCGCUGCACCCCGCAGGGCGAAUUUGAGGAGGAGCAAUGCGACAAGGACGGCCAGUGCUGGUGCGUGGACGAGUUUGGCGUCGAGUUGCCCGGCACUCGGGGUGUGGCCUCGGUCCAGCAGCGGUCGGCCUCGACCUGUUUGAAAUUGCGUCACGACACGGAGAGCGAAUGCCCGGGGCUGCUGUGCCGGCUGGGCUGCGACUACGGGUUCGCGACGGACAACGCCACCAACUGCCCGUUGUGCGAGUGCCGCAACCCCUGCGACGUCACCAACUGCCCGGACGGCCAGCAAUGCCAGCUGGUCGUUUCCCCUUGCCCAGAGACCCCCUUCUGCCCGGCUCUACCAUUCUGCACGGCCGUCCAGCAGCUCAACCGAGAAGACACCAACGUCCAGGAAGAAGAAAUCGAAGAAUGGACGGCCAGCUGCCCGGCUGGCGAGCCGUUCCUCAACCCUGUCGACAAUCUGCCCAUCCAGUGCAAUCCGCGCAGCCGGGCGCUGAGCUGCCCGGCAGGAUUUUCCUGCUACAGCGAAAACAACGGGCCGGACGGGAACUGCUGCCCGAUCCAGCACGUCAUCAAGGCCGGCCAGUGCCCUUAUCUGGUGCCCAUCUCGGUGGACAGCUGCGACAGCGAGUGCUCGGCCGACGAGGACUGCGACGGCCAGCUCAAGUGCUGCUCCAACGGUUGCGGAACCCAAUGCGUCGAGCCGCUCAUCAAGACGGCCUGCCAGCACAUGCAGAUGAUCAUGAAGUACAAGGCCAGGGAGAACGGACUGCCGGCCAAUCGGCUGUUCAUCCCACGUUGCCGGCCAGAGGACGGAGCCUUCGAGGCCGUCCAGUGCGAUCCAGUCACCCGGGCCUGUUGUUGCGUUUCUGCCGACGGGCGGGAACUGGCCGGCACCCGGGUUCCACCCGGACUCCAACCUCAAUGUCACACCCCGAGAAGCUGCCCGGCUCUGAGCGAAUGUCCUGAAUUGGAUUGCUCGGCUCAUGGCUAUCAGCUGGACACGUCCGGCUGCCCAGUCUGCGCUUGCCGGGACCCUUGUGAUGGUGUAGAAUGCCGAUCGCCUGCCGAAGAGUGUCGAGUGGUCCAGGUCAACUGCAUCCGGGCCCCUUGCCCACCUCUGCCCGUCUGCCUGCCCAGGCUGGACAAUCCCUGCACUCACGGCCAGCCACUGAGAGACGGCCAGUCCGGCAGCAACACGACCGUCAACUGCGGCCCCAUGGGCUCCAGCUGCCCGUCGACCCACAAGUGUCACCUGUCGCCGCUGGGCGAAUUUUCCGUCUGCUGCCCCAAGCCCAGGGACGUUUGUUUCCAGGAGAAGUUGCUGGGCUCGUGCAAGGCGUCCGUCCUGCGCUACAGUUUCAACGAGAAGCGCAACCGCUGCGAGGCCUUCCGCUACACGGGCUGUUCCGGCAACAUGAACAACUUUGAUUCCGAACGGGAGUGCAAGGCCGUCUGCCCGUCCCUGUCCACCUGCGAGGAGCUGAGGGAGAAGAAUCUCAAAAUGGCCGAGAAGUUCAAGAAAGUCGUUUUCACGCCCAAAUGCAACAAGGCCAAUGGCGACUGGGAGCCCGUCCAGUGCCUGGAAGAGGUGGGCAUCUGCUGGUGUGUCGACAAGGACGGCGAACACAUCAAAGGAUCUCUGACACGAGGAUCGCCCACUUGUGGUGUCCGGCAGGCCCGUCAGCGCUCGAUCGACCCACCCAUCUGCGACGACCCCAAGGCCGUGGUCCACGUCUGCAACAAGUCGAUUUGCGAGAGUAAAAUCUGCCUGGCCAACCCCAAGGCCGUCUGCCGGGUCGAUCCUUGCGGCGGAUGCCGUCACUCCUUUUACGAUCAGGCUUCCGGCCGGAAGAUGGACUGUGAAGCCGGACUCAGCAAGUGCCAGAGAGAAGUGCAAGUCGUUUUGAAUUCCGACACCUGGGCCAGACAGGGCGGGCCGUGGAACGCCCAGCCGCUGGUGGUUUCCACUUCGUCCAGCCCGUCCUACCACUACGACAUGAACGGAUAUUCCGCACCGGAAGAGGACGCCGAAGUCCUGCCGGACGCUCUGCUCUCAUCCGUCACCGUCUACAGCAGUCGCCUCAGGCGUCAGCUGGAAGAGAAGGAACAAUCGACCGAGACGGCCUUGCUGGACACGAUGAUGAAGGAAGCUGGACCGUCGGAAUUGAUUGCGGAAAUGCUCAAGGAAGUUAAACUGGAAGAGUUGGACCUGGAAAUGGCCACCGAAACUUCCGAUGUGGAGGAUACGACUCCGCUGGAUUCCAGAACCGGAAAGCUGCUGGCCCGGCGUCCGGUGGACGAAGGUUUGCUGGACGAAGUUAAGAACGGAUUCCAGAGCCUGGACGACGAUCAGACUGUCCAGCAACGACCUGUGCCCGCUCUGCGCGACGCCAUCAAACCCGGUUUCUGCCCGCCCGUCCGCUCCCGCACUUUUCUGCGGGUGCUGGCCCAGUUCGCCGGAGGGGCGGCCUGCGCCGACCAGUGCGUCUCUGACGCCGAUUGCGCCGGACCGACCCGUUGCUGCCCGGGCGAGUGCGGCUCCACCUGCACCCACCCGGUCCUCCUGCCGACGCCACUCCUGCCCAAACCGGGCGCCUGCCCAGCAGCGGCUCAUCCGUUCGGCUGCCCGGAAGACACCAAGGCCGUCAUUGAAUGCUCUUCCGACUCAGAUUGCUCCGGCCGGGCCAAGUGCUGCUCCAACGGAUGCAGUUCCACCUGCACCUCCCCCGAAGAAAACAGUUCCGGCCCGUUGAUGAUGUCCAUCUCUCCGCCCGUCUGCACCCUGAAAGGUGACUAUGCUCGGGAGCAGAGCCAGGGCGAGUUCAGUUGGUGCGUGGACACGACCGGGCAGCCCAUCGACGACUCUUUCACCCGCGGAUCGGUCCGCUGUUCGCCCAACGGGACCGUCCUGGAGCAACGGGCCCUGGGUCCCAUCUGUCCCGACCCGAGCGUCCAGCCAACCGUCUGCCGGGACGAGUGCCUCCACGCCCGAUGCCCGUUCCACCCGGACGCCAUCUGCGUGGCCGAUCCUUGCGACGACUGCAAGGUGGCCUUCAUCGACGGCCAGGGCCAGCGGCUCGAGUGCACCGAUCGCUGCAGCCAGCCGGCCGAGACGGGCCACUGCCGGGCACUUUUUCCCCGCUACUUUUACAACAUUUCGUCCCGAUCCUGCGAGGAAUUCAUUUACGGCGGAUGCGAAGGCAACGAAAAUAAUUUCGAGUCCGUCCAGGAGUGCAGCCAACACUGCGAGAAACCAGUGAACGUGUGUGAAUUGCCCAAGGAGCCGGGCAUGUGCCGGGCGAAUUUCCCUCGCUGGGCUUACAAUCCGGAGACUCAGCUGUGCGAGAAAUUCUCGUUCGGCGGAUGCGGAGGCAACGCCAACAACUUUCACAGUUACCAGCAGUGCGCCAGCCGCUGCCCGGACUUGGUCCUCUGCCCGCAGCAGUCGCCGAUGCUGGGCGAGAUCAAGUCGUGCAGCCGUAACGAGGCCUGCGCCGGACAGACGUGCGCCAACCACCCGGAAGCUGCUUGCUCCGUCGAUCCCUGCACCUGUCAGGCCGUCUUUGUCGACGCAGACGGACAGGCCGUCAAGUGCCUGGCUCAAGUCGAGCCGGCCGUCCUCCAAGCCGAGCCCCGCCACGCCUUCCACGACGUCCAGCCGGAAGUCAAAGAGUCGACAACAACAACAACAACCACGACAACAACUACUACCACCAGCCCAACAACCACCACAACAACAACGACGGAAGCCCCAACAACAACGACGACAACAACCACAACGACAGUGGGUCCAUCUCCUGCCCAGCAGCGCGGUAAAUCGCUGGCCCAUCCGCACUACACCCGGUGCCAGAAGAUGCGGCAGGCGCAACUGAAGAAAGGCGGUGGCGGCCAGAGCGGCGAAUUGAUUCCGGAAUGCGACCACCUGGGCCGGUUCCAGCCUAUCCAGUGCCUGCCGGCCAAGUCCAACAACGGCCAAGUCAGCUGCUGGUGCGUCGAUGAAGCCGGAAAUCAGGUGGCCAACACCACCCAGUUUCUCCGCGGAGAGCAGACCUGCCGUCUGGUGCCAGUCAUGGCCGUGGCGAUGACCCUGGGAUUCCCGGCCAUGGACCACGCCCAGGAGCAAAUGGAGAAGGAAGUGCGUCAGCAGGUGGGCGAGAUCCUCAACGGCCUGUCGGCCCGCACCAUGGAGUCGACCCUCCAGGUCAAAUCCCGGCAGGACGGAACGGUCCUGACCUUUACGCUGGUCGGCGACAACAAGAUCGACGUCGCCUCCCACCUCGAGGAUAUGGUGAAAUCGGGCCACUUGGCGCUGGAAAUGGACGGGCACACGAUGCCGGCCGACAGCACGUCGUCGAAAUUCUACCACAAACUCGACUCGACUCAUCUCAGAGUGGCCGCCACUAAAGAGGAGAGCAGCGACCUGCAGGACCGCAGCAUGGAAACGCGGGAAAUUCUGGCCCAGGCCCUGGACAUCGAGGCCCCUUACCUGGCCAUUAUUGUCGUUUUGUCGGUGCUCGCCAGUAUCUUGGUCUGCGGGCUCAUCAUCGGACUGGUCCUCCAUCGCCGCCGCACCACUGGCACCUACCCGAAAGAUUCCGGCUCGACGCUGGCCUCGCCACCCAAGCCCAGCAAAGGCGGCUCCGACAAGUCGGACGUCGUGCCCAGGGGUUUCCCGCGCGUCGGAAUCAAUCCGUCCGACGUCGUCCAAACGCCCCAGCUCUCACCCACCGUGCCCAGGAGCAAACGACAGACCCGCAACGCUGAGGCUUGGUGAAACAAUUGAAUUUAAUAAACCCCCGCGAAAUUCAAAAAAUUGAAUUUAAAAUUUUUUUCAAAAAAUGACUCGGAAGAAAGUCGAGCUGUGCUCGAGAGUGAAAAAAACACCACCAGAUAUAAAUUUUUGUGUACUAAUCUUUGAAUAAAAAACAAAACAAUGUAAAUAACUUUGAUAUCCCAAUGAUAUAAAAUACGAAACAAAACAAAAAAAGAAAAUGAAAAUUCUAACAAGCGCAAACGAUUGGAGACUUCUUAUUUUUGAUACUUUUUAUUUCUGAUUUAUGUUUCUUCUUUAAAAAAUGAUUUUGUCUUUUUAUUCCCGGAGCGAAUUCCGUUUUCCCCCCUUGGUGUAUGGGUGUGAUUGUAUAGGGCAUUAUACCUAUUGAUGACCUAUAUAACAAUUUUAGGCUGGCCUCUAUUUAUAUAUAUACAAUGGAUUGAAUAUCUGAAUUUCCUCCGGCUGCUGUUCAUCUCUUUUUUUGUUUGUUUUUAUUUUGUAACGAAAGAGAGAGACGUCUUAUACAACUACAUGCGGUGAUGCAUUCAAAAAUUCAGCAUGAAACAAUACAUGUGAAAUAGAUAAUAA